AUGAUGGCGUGCGCCGAGCUGCUGGCCGUGUGUCUGCUGCCGGCCAAGCUCGGCCCCGAGCCCCGCCGCGAGCCGCUGCCCAUCUUCCACGACAUUUUCCGGCGAGCAGACAAGAACGAUGAUGGGAAACUGUCAUUUGAGGAGUUCAAGAACUAUUUUGCUGAUGGAAUCCUCAGCUCGGAGGAGCUGUGGGAGUUGUUCAGUGGCAUUGACAGGCGUCAUUCAGACAAUGUGGACACAGAGAAGCUGUGUGAUUAUUUCUCAGCGUAUCUUGGAGAGUACAGGAAUGUGCUUUCUGCAUUGGAAACGCUCAACUCUGCUGUCCUGGCAGCCAUGGACAAAACCAAGCUGAGCUACGAGACCUCCUCCAAGAUGGAGCAGUUCCUGACCCGCUUCCUGCUGCGGGAGACCAUGCACCAGCUGCAGUCCCUGCAGGGCUCACUCGAGUGUGCUGUGGACACCAUGGAGGAGCAGGCAGGACGGGAGAGAAAGGACAUAAAGAUAUCGGAGACUUUGGUUGGCUUGAGGUCAGGGCGGCGAUGUGGGCGCAGAGGACAGAAGAACAUCUGUCUGUCUCCAACAGACCCCUACUCUGGGAUGCUGACCACAGGCGUUUGUGUGGAAGCUGACAGCCAGUGGAUGGCAGAGAUCUCCAGGCUCCAGCAGCUCAUUGAGAAAUUGGAGUGCAAGAGCCCACGCCUGGAGCCUCUGAAGGAGGAAGCAACGUGCAAAGCAAGAGAUGAAAGCAUCCUGGUGGCCAAGAGACAGAUAUCAGUGGCAAAGGGUGGCAUCGAGGAGUUUCGCCAGGCACUCAGGUCCUACAUGGAGGUCACCACGGCGCAGAGCAGCUGCCUGCACGUGUCUGCCUGCAAGCUGACGGACGAGGCCUGCUUCAUCCUCUAUGAGUUCUGGCAGGAUGCAGCUUCGUGGAGAAGCCACCUCCAGUCCAGCCACAGCAAGAUGUUCCAGCGGGCCACCAUCAGCUUGCUGGAGUCCCCGGAGCUGCUGACCACGAUGCUUUUCCCAGCCUCGUGGUGGAUAAUGAACAACAACUGACCCGAGCAGCCGCUCCAGCUGCUGCUGGCACGCAGAAGGACACGGAGCCCCUGCACGGCCACUGCCUGCGCUCAUGUUUGUCACCUCUGCUCCCCCUCCUGCAGCCCCAGGGCUGCCUGCCUGGUGGCCCCAGCGUUGUUUCACCAUUUUGCUCUUUUUGUGUCCUUCAUCUAUUAAUUUAUUUACUCCUAGUGCAGCGGGUGCGCGUGGCACCGGGUCCCCACAGUGCCACCCCCCCGAGUGCAGCUCCUGGCUCUAUGCUGCUGCUGAGUGAACAUAAACAGAACUGGCACCAGCACAGUGCUGGCAUGGAGUGUGUGGCUGUCACUGCAUGCUGCGGGUUGGGAAUGGCAUGGUGAGGAGCCAGGGCAGUACAGUGGCUGUAACAGCACAACGGUGGCUGUGUCCUCAUGCUGCAGAGCCAGCAGAAACUGAGCUGCUGAGAGCAGUGAGAAGUGAGAGCCAGCAUGGGCACAGGCCACAGCCCUGCAGGGGAAGGGAGAAUGUCACAGCUAUUCUCCUGCCACGCACCUCUCCUGCACCAGCAGCAUGGUGCUCAGCACCACUCCUCUUUUCCCUGCUGGCUUACACCAGAGAUGCUAAUUUGAAUGGUUUGACUCCAUUCCCCAUUUGUAGUCAUUAAAAAUGCCAUCAGCCUGUGCAGCGCCAUGGGGCACAGAGAGGCAGGGCAGGGCUUGGGGUGCAGGAGAGGGCUCUGCUCCCCCCAGCUGUGGAGGUGGGGG